GUUUGCUGGAAAACCGGGUGUUUCGGGUCGGAUAUCCUGGCCGGGAUGGAUCGGGCCAUCCUCGACGGCGUCGAUGUCUUAUCGCUCUCUCUCGGUGGCGGUUCCGCUCCGUAUUAUAGGGAUACGAUUGCGAUCGGUGCGUUUACGGAGACAGAGAAGGGCAUUUUCGUCUCUUGCUCGGCCGGAAACAGUGGGACCGGGGAAGGCUCGCUUGCCAACUUGGCGACUUGGAUAAUGACGGUCGGGGCCGGAACGAUAGACCGGGAUUUUCCGGCUUAUGUCGUGAUGUGGGACGGCAAGCAGUUCACCCGAGUGUCGUUGUACAGCGGGAAGGGAAUGGUGAAGAAACCGGUUGGUUUGGUUUAUAGUACGGGGAAGAACAGUUCGAGUAAUCUGUGUUUGCGCGGUUCGCUCGAACCGGACGUGGUGCGUGGGAAGCUGGUGUUGUGUGACAGCGGGAUCAACGCGCGGGUGGAGAAGGGUUUGGUGGUGAGGGACGCGGGCGGGGUGGGGAUGAUCCUGGCGAACACGGCGGCGAGCGGGGAAGAGCUGGUGGCGGACAUCCACUUGUUGCCGGCGGUGGCGGUGGGGAGGAAGGUGGGGGACUUGAUAAGGGACUACGUGAGGAAGGACGGGGCGACGGCGGUGCUGAGUUUCGGUGGGACGGUGUUGAAUGUGAGGCCGUCGCCUGUGGUGGCGGCGUUUAGCUCGAGGGGGCCGAAUAUGGUGACGCAGCAGGUGUUGAAGCCGGAUGUGAUUGAGCCGGGGGUUAACAUCUUGGCUGGGUGGUCGGAGGCUGUUGGGCCCUCUGGUUUGGACCAGGAUAGGAGGAAGAUUCAGUUCAACAUCAAGUCUGGUGUGUGGAUUGAGGGAGCUAUGGGAAGGCAGUGGGAUCUGAUUUGCGGAUUGGGUGAGCAAGAGAGUUCUUUGAAUACCCCAUUUAGAUUUGGGAUAGACCCAACACAUUAUUCCUUGCAAUCCAAAUAG